AUGGAUGCCGGCCCCGCGCUAGUAGCUGCGGUUCCUGCAGGCGUUGUUCCGGAAAGAUUCAUAUACUCAACACCAAUCGAUCUCUCCUAUCAUGCCUCUCCAGCUAUGCCCGUUCGUCCUCGCACCGCGGACUACAUCCCUCUCGCCCAGUUUCCCCUUCAGCCCGCCGCUGCCGCACACCGCACCGUCUCCUUCUGUCUCCGCCGCCGUCUCCUCCUCGCCGCCAUCUGUGCUGCGUCUCUCUUUUCCCUCUUCCUUAUUCUCUCUUAUACCCUCAAGGAUGUUGAUGCAGACGACGACAUAGAAGUCAUCUUGUUCCCGCCAGAUAAUUCGUCUGCCUCCCAGACUGCAUACCUGUCCUUUCAAGCUUCUCCGUUCGCUCUUCCAAACAAUACUUCCCUCAGACAAGUCCAUGGCAUUCUUGCCUCCUCCUGUCUCGACAGAUUUUUUGUCGCCGGAGAACCUUGCUUUGAGUCCAAGCCUCCCCCAAUAGACCUCGUCUGGACAUGGGUCAAUGGCUCCGACCCACUACUCGUCCAGGCCAAAGAGCUCGCCAUCGAGAGCUACGCCAGUGACGACCCAUACCGCCCAAAAUCAACUACCGCACAGGAUCGCCAGUUUCGCGAUCACGAUGAGCUGCGGCACUCUCUCCGCUCAGCGCUCGCCCACUUCCGGCCGUACUCGCAGCGCUUUCACAUCCUUACCGCCGACUUCCCCAUACCCGCCGUAGAGCCGAACUUCACGCUGUCCGCGGCAUGGCGCCUAGGACAGGUCCCGCAGUGGCUCGACGUCGAUUCGAGCACGAAACACUCCUGGCGCGAUGGCAAUGUCGAGCUCGCCAUCGCCCACCACGCGGAGAUCUUCUCCCCAUACGUCGGCACGAAUUUCAACAGCCUCGCGAUCGAGUCGCAGCUCAUGCAUCUCGAGGACGUCUCGGAAAACUUCAUCUACAUGAACGACGACCUCUACUUCGCGAAGCCCGUCACGCCCACGACCUUCUACACACCCGCCUUCGGCACGGUCCUGCACCUCCAAUCGGAACUGCUCGUAAUGCCCUCUCCACCGACCAAGACGGCGCAAGGCGAAUGGCGGAGCAUGGGCACGACCAACGUCCUGCUCUCCACGCGCUUCGGGCGGCGCGGCCGUCCGUACGUCGCGCACGAGGCCAAGUCCGUAUCCGCGCCGCUCUUGCACGAGAUCGCGCAGAUAUGGCCGGGUGCGCUGGCGGACGCGGCGUCGCACCGCUUCCGCGAGACGCGUGGCGGCACGGGGGACGUCUACGUGCUCUUCCUCGCCACGCACUUUGUGGUGGAGCGUGCGCGGGAGGCGCUCCUGUGGGCAUGGGUCGUCGGCCGCGUCGGCGGGCUGUACGGGGAGUGGGGCCCGUUGCAGCGCCGGCAGGCGUGGGAGGAGCUCGGGGGUGAGUGGCUGGGAGAUGUGGAAAUGGCGGCGGAGCAGGGCCGCGGGCGCGACGGGCGUGCUCGAAUAGAUGUCAGUGCGGGGCGCAGGGAGACGGUCGAGCCGGAGCGGGUCAAGCGUGUGUUGAGGGCGAGCGGGCUGAACGGCGUGGGGCAGACGCGGUAUAUUUUCUCGUCGCUGGAUGGAUAUGCAUAUGGCACGCUGGGGACCAAGGGCGCGCCCAAGUUCCCGUCGUUCAGCCCUUCUUUACGGGAGAGCUCGCUCCCCCGGUGCACGCUACUCUAUUCCGAGUGCUUCGCGCUCGAGGGCGCGGACAGUCCCUCAACGGUAUUUACGAAUAUCGCGUUUCGCUUUCCGCAGUGCGGUGAUUGUGUGAUCACCGCCCUGGUGCACGCCAGCGGCACGCUCGGGCUCUCCGCAUUCCUCCCGGACCCCGCGCGCGUCCUCCCCAGCACGUCCUCUACCUCGCCUCAACCGCCCCGCGACCCCGUCGCACACCUGCCGCUGGUCGCGAACUGGGAGGACGGCAAUUUCGCGCUCGGCGCGGUCAUGCGCACAAGCGGGAGCGCCGCGGGCGCCAGCGUGCGCGCGUGGACGCUGCAGCUGCUCGCGCGGUACCGCUACGUCAUCGGCGGGACACCCUCGGUAUUCGAGCGGCUCUCGAGCCCGGCGCAGGCGCGCGCGGUGCUCACGCGCGUCGAGCGCGACGCGAACGCCGCACUGCUCUGCAUCAACGAUGACGUCGGCAUGAACGACGCCGAGGUCGGGCGUGUGCUCAACGAGUGGCAGGCGCGCAUGUGGCCCGCGCGCGCCAACUGGGAGCGCACGUAG